UAGUUCUCCAAGCGUCAGCGGUCAGUCCAACAUAAAAACGUAAAAGCUAUACACCGCCAUCUUGCGUUUGUAGUGUCAACUUGAAGUGAAUUUGGUGCAGUAAUUUUGUGAUGUGUGCAAGUUAUUGAAAUCAUAGUGUUCGUAUCUUUGUAGUGUAAUUGUGUAUCGUAACCUCGAAAUGAUUUAAAACAUAAACGGCAUAAUGUCUGAUGUAAAGCAAGUGAAAGUGGACAAUUGGGGAAUUUACUUCCUCCAGAGGCUUAAACAUUUUUUCAAUCGAACAGAUUACUGCGACUUGACACUCCAAUUCCAAGACAAUGCACAACUUAAAGUGCACAGGCUUGUUCUUAGUGCUUGCACAGAAUAUUUCGAAUUAUUGGAGCGAACAUGCGAAAUGUAUGAAGAUUGUUUGGUUAUGCCGGAUGAUCUGCAAGCCGAUGUCGUAGUUCCCAUUAUAAACUUUAUGUAUACAGGGCAGCUAGAAUUCAAAAUGGAUUUACUAGAAAAGCUAUAUCAAACAUCUCUUGUUAUGAAUAUGCCAGUUCUAACAAAGCUUCUUGCCUCACACCGAAGCCAACAAUCACAAACAAAUCAUCAGACAAGGCCGGCUCCUAACAAUUUCUAUGGUAAAAGAUAUCUAAAACAUUCAAAAGCUGUACUAUCACCUAGCAGUAGCAAUACCAGUAAGCGUAAUUUCACAAAUGCAUUUGAAAAUGCAGAUACACCAAGAGCUAAGAAACCACAUAUUGUAAGUCGAACAGAAUCACAUGCUAAAAAUGGUAGUCAAGAAGCUACAACAUCAAGCCCAAAAUUUCCUAUCUUUUCUGAGAAAAAUAAACACUUGACAAAGGAACCUCGUCCAACCCGGUACGAGUUGCCAGAAGAACUAGAUGAAGAUAAUAUUUUUGACAAUUCCUUCAUGAACAUAUCAUACACUUCAAAACCCCUUAUGGUUCAUCCAGAAACAACGAAACAAUAUACCUCUAAAAGAAUUAAGUUAUUUGAAGAAGGCACAAGUUCUAGAUUUAUGCAAGGUUCAUCAAAUAAUGACAUUGUGGAAUGCAAAAAAAUUUCAGUUAACGAUAGUCUCUUUAUAGAUGACAAUAGUGUUGCAGAUGAUAAUGACACAUUUCAAUCUCUACAUGUUAAGGAUGAUUCUAAAGAUGCAAGUCAACUCUUUGAUCAAAUUAUAGACAACAAUGAUUGUUCCAAUAUAACAAUAGAAACAAAAAAUAAUAAACAAUCAGGAAACUUAGAUCAUGCCAAAAUAAUAAGUGAAGUGCUGAAAAAAUACCCACAUUUAGUCAAAAGUAAUAAGCAUAUUAAAUUAAAGAUUCUUAACACUCCAAAUAAGCCUAAGAAAACUCGGGCAUCUAAUAUCUCAAAUGAAGAGAAAGACAAUAAAGUAAAGAAUGAAACACCUGAUUUUACGUAUGAAACUGAUGUUAUUGACUCUAAAGAAGCAGCGAGGCUCAUAGCAUUAGGUGCAGAGAAUAUCAGGGGUCCCUGGAUCUGUCUUAUUUGUGGGACACCUGGUAAAGCUUUACAUUUUACUUCCUAUUAUAACUUCCGUAAGCAUCUUGUAGAUAUACACAAUGAAAAGCCUGUACCGAAUAUAUGUGAAUAUUGUGGGUUGAAGUCCCAAAAAAGAAAUUACUUAGUUCACCAUCAAUUAACAAAGCAUGGAGUGGAGCCCCCAUCACAUUACAAUUUCCCAAAAUGUAAUUAUUGUAAGUACAUAGCUCUUAAUGAAGCAUUAAUGGUAAAACAUAAAUUGACCCAUACAGAAGUCAGGAGUUUUAGAAGAAAUGUAAGUACUACAGCAUUUACAACAUCUAAUUUAAUGUUAGAUCAUGGACAGAAAAGCGGUAGUAAAUAUGGUGAAAGAAAACAUAAUUUGCAAUGCAUUUAUUGCCUUAGAAAUUUCUUACGUGAAAAUAAUUUAUAUGCUCAUUUAAAAACGAAUCACAAAGAAGCUGCUAAGAAUGACGGUCUUAUAGAUGACUCUGAUGAAGAACUACAAGAAGAAGAAGAAAAACCGAAAUCAAAGCAUAAUUCAAAUGAAUCUUCUAAUUACAUCAAAGUGGAAUUACCAGUUAAUUAUGACAACUCAUUUGAUGAUAAUAAUGUGCAGUAUCAAAUUGAACGAAGAGCAGAUGGUAAUAUACAUGUCGUAUCCAAAAAACCGCGUGUAGUAAUGCCAAUAACUAAACACAAGAUAUUAAACCCAGGCUUCAUAAUGCAAAACCAAAAUAACUCUUCAUUGCCUAAACAACAAAAACCAAAAUCUACUAUAAACACUACACUAAAAAGGAAUGAGUAUUUACAAGAGCUUUGUGUAUCCCCAACUAGUAAUGUUACUAAUGAAGAAAUUGUGUUAAUUGAUAAUAAUGAAUAUAUUGUUCAAGAUUUCCAAUUAAUUCCUAAAAAAGAAAAAAAUAUUGGAGAGUAUAUAAUGACUAGUACAGUAAACACUAACAAAGAUGAGUCGAUACAAUCAAUCAUACCUACAACGUCUAUAGAAUAUCAUAACAUAACACAUAAUGCUAGUGGUGAUGCGAAAGUGUUUGUCAAAAAACCAACAAAUGCCAAUCAGCCUAUACAAAUUGUUGUUUCAAAUGAAGAAGAAUAUAAAGCUUUAGUAUCUAACCCAUCAGUCAUAUUUGAAGAUGGAGAUUCUAACAAAGCUUUAACUGUGUUAACUCCUGGAACUUCAUCAUUAGAAACUGCUACAAUUGACUUAGACAAUGCCCAAUCUAAUGAUAUGAUGAUAAUUCAAGAUGACUUUUCUAUAAAUGUAUCUGAAACUGUUGCUGCUAAUAAUUCAAAUAUAGUUGUUGUGUAUAGUCAUCCAGUAGAAGACCAAAAUAAACAGUAUCAAAUUAUAACAACACAAGCAGUCGAAGCACAAUUUGUUCCAUCCUCAGCCAUUAUAACUCAAAAUUACGAAACUGUUACAACUUGUACACCUGUUGUAAGUGCUCAUACAGCAUUAGAUAAUUCAUGGCAGAACAAUAUUCAUACAAAUAUUAAUAAAUUACCACUAACUUCCACUGACUCAGAAUUACAUACCAUGACUGUAGCAGAAUCAGUAACAAUUUCACCUGAAUCUGAUUCUAAUACUAAUAUUAAUGAGUUUUCUGAAGUCCCAAUAACAACAUCAGAAUCAGUUGCCAUUAAUAUUAAUCAAAUUGUUGAAUCACAAAACCAAACAAUAGAAAACAAUUUCAAUGAAUCAAAUGUUUUACCUAAUAUUACUGAGGAUAUGAAUAAUGUACCUGUCUGUCAGCCAAGUUCUAUCAUCACACUUGAACAUCCUACUAUUGUCACUGAUGAUCUACAACAAACAUUGGCUGAAAAUAAUAUUCAGCCACUAUCAUCAACUGACCUAGAUAAAUCUGCUCCCAUAAGUACCUUUAUUAACACUAUUGAGGAGCCAUUAACUACUAAUACACUAGAACCCAUUACUGAGAAUGCUGAUCAAGUGACACCAAGUGAACUAGGUCCAGUUUUCGAUGAAGAAAUUUUAGUACCAGAAAGUCAAAGUUCUAUUGCUGAUGCUCCAACUGUUAUUGACAGUACAAUAGAAGAAAAAGAUGUAUCUAGUGAACCUUUAAACAAGAAUGUUAUUAGUGAAGUAGAUAAUAGCAUUACACAUUCAUCAGAUGAACAUAUAAGAAUUGAACAAUCUACUGAUGGACCUUUGAUCGAAGAAGAAUCUAAUGUUGAAACUGAAAAAUUAGAAGAGCAAACAAAUGAAAUGGCAGUUGAGGAAACCAUAGAAAAUAUUGCGAGAGAUAUUGGAGUAAAUCCAAACACAACUGAUAAACCAGAAUCACCUAAAAUCACUGAAAGCUUAGAAGCUAAUUUGGUUACAAAAGUAGCAAUUGCUCAAAUAGAAAAUCUAGCAUCUGAAUGGUCUGAAGAUGAAAGUGAAACAUUAACUGAAAAUGAAAAUAAGACUGAUAAGUCUAAUUCAGAAGCCAAAAACCAUGAUGUCAGUGAAAUAUCUGAGGUAGAAGAAUCUAUUGAAAAUAUUCAACAGGAAAUGGAUAAGCAAGUGUCUGUUGAUUUAGUUCCUUACACAGAUGAAGAUGUAAGCUCAUCACAAGAUGAAAAUUUACCUAAACUUCCUGAAUUACAAGAAGUUAGUAAAGUGAGUGACGAAAUUCAAACCAACUCAAAAGAAAAAAUAUCCUUACUUCUCAAUGAUUGGGAUGAUAAUGAUUCACAAGAAGAUAACACACUUGUUACUUGUGAAGCUAAGAUAAAUGAUCAUGAUCCAAAAUCUCAAAACACUGAUGACAACAUAGAGAAUGCUAGUGCUGUAGUAGAUAAAUCAGAAAUAAGUAAAAAUGAUAAUAUUAAGAGUCUAGUUAGUGAUUGGGAUGAAGAUGAUGAAGAAAAUAAGGAGUAAUAAGGACUGAUCUGAGAAAAAUUAACUUAAAUAUUAUAUACAUUUACAUUUUAUGUGUUUUUUUUUGUAACUAUAAUUAUAAUAAUCCUAAUAAUUACUCCUAUACAUAUUAGACAUGAAUUUUAUAUUAUUUAGGAAAUAUUUCCUAUUCAUUCUUGUGUAAAAUUUAAAACACAAUUAGAUGUAUUGUUUUUUUUAUACUUUAUUGUAAAUUAUGAGAUUUAUUUCUGUACAUUAUAUACAUAAAAAUGUACAUUGUGUAAUGUAAAAUUAUUAUGUUUCCUUUGUAGCUUGAGUGUGUAAACCAAUGUAAUUUUACUGUAAUAGUCUGUUAUUGAGUUUUCUAAGUAAACAAUCUAAAGUUUAGCUCAUGUUAGUGUGCUUUCAAUUAUAUAUUUAUACUAUAUACAUACAUUGUAAUGUUAAUAAUUUGUAAUGUUGAAUAUUAUAAAAUGUUGUUAACACUAUCAUUCAGUAAAGUAAUACUUAGUCUCUGAUUUAGCAAAUUUUAUUUACAAUAUGAUAAAAAAGUGCAUUAUAUUUGGACCACAUCCCAUGUUA